AUGUAUCAAGCAGCUGUCUCCAAGCAAGCAGACAACACCGUCUACAGCGGGGUUAUGGAGGAGUCGGAGGUCUGUUCCCUGCCUGGGGGACUUGCCAGUGUGAGGAAACAAUUUGAGACCCAGGAAACUGCAACAUCACAUGUAACCCAGUUCCAUUUUCAUCACAGAACUGUGCAGGAAACCUCAAAUUCAGAGGUGACAGUUUCAAGCAGCAGGCAGGUCGUCCCAGGCAGUCAGCAGUUAAACUUCAACCAAGACAUGAUGAUGUCAUACAGUGACAAUAACUUGGAAUCCAGUCAUGAAAACCAUCAGGAUGAAGAAGAGGAGUUUCCUAGGUAUACCACAAAAGAACUGAGGGAUCGCUUUGAAAGAACAAUAGAAGAGGCUGCUGCACAAAAACCAGUUAAGAUUGGACGUGACAUCAAUCGAUCUAAGUGGUGCUCAAAUGUGACACAAAACAACACAGUGACUAAUGAGGUGUAUGAAGCAUCAACCACUGAAGCUUCAGAGGACACAAUGGCCACAGUGAUGGAUUAUGAGGAUUUUCCACCCCCGCCGGCUGAGGAUUCAGACUAUCUGCCACCGCCACCUCCAGAUUUACUAGAAAUGCCAUCAGAAAGUCAAAAUAUGCCUGAGUACCAUUACUCACCUGAGCCUGCAGAACCAGAAAACUCCUCCAAAUACCCAGUCAACAAAGAGGCUUACUUCAAACAGAAGAGAGUGAAUGAGCUGAAACGUCUCUACAAGCACAUUCAUCCUGAGGUCCGUAAAAAUAUUGAAAAAGAGUACUUCAAUGACUACAAUGAGACUGAGAACAACCAGCUAGAGAGCCAAGAGUACAUGUAUGAGGAUGGUGAUGGUAGUCCCGAUGAUAUGAAUGAUGAGGAAUAUGAGGAAUGGGAAGAGAUCCUCCCCGGGGAUGUACAGGCGAUGCGCUGGAUGUUUGAAAAUAAGCCACUGGACACCAUCAAAAAUGAAACUCCCGAUGAAGACGAAGACAACAAGAAAAUAACUGAGCAGGAAAUAAUUCUUGGAAAAGAUGUUAGACGCACAGCUUGGAUGUUUGAGACAAAGCCAAUGGAUAAAAUGGGUUCCAAAAAUACCAACUCAACAGAGUAUAAAAACAAAUUCAACAAAUUUGACAAAGGCGAUGUCCGUGCUGCAGCAUGGUUGUUUGAAACCCAAACGAUGGACACUCUAAACAAAAUGCAUAAAGAGGAGGAUCUGACAAAAGAGGUUGUUUUCACAGAAGAGGAUGGAAAUGCUACCAUUUACAUGAUUGACAAUAAGUGCAUGGAAAGUCUUGGGCACACUGAGACAAUUGAUGAGAGUCACCUGUUGAGUCUAAGGUCAGUGUUAGAGGAAAUUAAUGGUGAGGUGAAAAUUGUAACAAGCACAUUUGACACCCAAUUUAAAUGCAUCAUCAUGGGACAAGCCAGUCAGAUGCUGGAGAUUAAGUCUGUGCGAAAAAUUGAAACUGAAUUUGAGAACUCUAUUGCUUCACGUUGGCUUUUCGAUACCCAACCUCUUGACAUGACAAACCAGGAACCUGCCUCUUUGAAACUUGUGUGUAGUCUCUCCAUGGAGGACAGCAACAAGGGAGACUGGGGCAGGUGGUUGUUUGAGAUAAAGACAUUAAAUUCUCUAAAUGAGUGGGAAUGUUCAACAACAGAGACACAAGAGGUAGUUGGAGCUGAUGUGCGCAAACACUGUUUAACAUUUGAAACUCAGCCAAUGGAUUCUCUGAAGGACGAUUCCAAUGCCAGAUCUCAGUCUAUUGAAGAAAUUAUUGGGGGCAAUGUUAGAUCGGCCAGACACUUUUUCGAAAGCAGUCCUCAAACAGAGAGGAAGAUUGGCCCUGAGGUUGGAAAACUUAAAAAAACAAUAUUAAAUGAAGAAAUGAAAGGGGACGUGAGACAUCAGAAGUGGCGCUUUGAAAGUCAACCUUUAGAGCACAUAAGAGAGGAGAAGAAAGAAGUUAUUCGUACAGUGAAUGUUGAGGAUGACCUAACACAAGAUGAUGGAACAAGCUGCAGAGCAGAUGUUAGGAAGAACUGCUGGGUAUUUGAGACCCAGCCAAUGGAUACUUUAAAAGAUGAUUCAAAUACUCGUCCCUUGACAAAAGAAGAUAUUAUUGCAGGAAACGUGAGAUCAGCGAAACAUUAUUUUGAAACGAUUCCAGCAGAUGAAUUGAAGGAGCUUGCAGAGGUGGGCAAACUGAAAAAAACAGCAGCCCUUGAUGAGGAGAGAGGUGAUGUCAGACAUCAGAAAUGGCGAUUUGAAAGCCAACCACUGGAACAGAUUAGAGAAGAAAAGAAGGAAGUCAUCCGAACAAUCGACCUGGAAGAAAUUGACAAAGUGGACGUGUUAAACUACAAGUACUUGUUUGAGAGCACAGAUUUAAACAGAAUGGAUGAAUCUCAGAAAAUUCUCAUAGAGGGUGUAACAUCUGGUUCUGUGCAGUCAAAUAAAAACCUGUUUGAGACGACUCCACUGUAUGCCAUGCAAGACAGCUCAGGCCACUUCCAUAAGGUGAAAAUGAUGCGCCGUGAAGAGGUUGUCAAAGGAGAUGUAACAACAUAUAAAUGGAUGUUUGAAACACGACCAAUCGACCAGUUUGAUGAAAGCAUUAAUAAUUAUCAGAUUAUUAAGGGCAUAUCCAAACAAGAAAUAGAAUCUGGCGAUGUUAAAACUGCAAAGUGGUUAUUUGAAACACAGCCUCUUGACGGUAUUAAGUACUUCAGCAAUAUUGAAGAUGAGGAAAUCUUAAGUACAAAUAUUGAUGAUGUCGUGAAGGGUGAUGUCAAAACCUGCAAGUGGCUAUUUGAGACAAAACCGAUGGAUGUCUUAUAUGAAAGAGUUGACUUAAAAGGUGAAAACGAAUCUGAAGAAAUACUUAAGGGAGACGUCAAAACAUGCACAUGGCUUUUUGAGACACAAGCACUUGAUACUAUCCAUGAUGAGACAGAGACCAUUUUGACAUGCACUGCAAAUCAAGAGGACAUUAGAGGAAAAGAUGUAAGAAUGGCUUGUUUUCUAUUUGAGACUGAGAAACUUGAGGACCUCACAGAUGUAGAGGCAGGCUCUUUUAAGCGUGUCACAGAGAUAGACUUUGCAUCUGGAGAUGUGUCAAGGAUGAAGUACAUUUUUGAAAACCAAACAUCUGACAUCAUGACUUCUACAUCUGAAGAAGUAAUGCAAACACUCAAGAGAGUUCAGACAGAGGACAUUCAAAAAGGAAAUGUGGUUAACUGCAAAUGGCUCUUUGAAAACCAAUCCAUAGACACAAUACGUGAUAGCCAAGAGGAAUCAAUGAGCAGCCAUACAGUGAAUGACAUACAAGGAGGUGAUGUCGAUAAGGGCCGCUUUAUGUUUGAGACCUUCUCCUUAGAUCAAAUCAAGGAGGUAUCCUCUGAGACAGACACAGAGCUGAUGAAAAUGCAAAAGAUUGUCCGCGAUGAGGAUGAGAAGGGUGACGUGAGAAAUUACGCAAUGAUGUUUGAAACUCAGCCCCUUUACGCCAUUCAGGACAAAGAGGGCCAUUACCACGAGGUCACCACUGUCACAAGUGAAGAAGUCACACGUGGAGAUGUAGUUGGAACCCGGUGGCUGUUUGAAACCAAACCCCUUGAUGCUAUCAGGGACACAGAUGAGGUUUAUAUAAUCAAAUCUGUUACACAGGAGGACAUGCAAAAAGGAGAUGUCACCUCUGCCAAGUGGAAAUUUGAGACACAGCCUCUUGAUAAGAUUGCUGAUGAAGAUAAGGCUUUAAUAAAGACUGUGGAUGACAUUCAAGGGGGCAAUGUUAGAGUGAAUAAACAUCGUUUUGAGUCUGAUGCCCUAUCACAGGAAUCUGUUAGAACUGUUAAUGUCAGUGAAAUACAAAAAGGUGAUGUCACGACUGCCAAAUGGAGAUUUGAAACCCAGUCUAUUGAUAAAAUAAGAAGCAUGAGCUCUGAAAAUCUAAUUGAAACAGUUAAACAAGAGGAGGUUGCAAAGGGAGAUGUUAAACAUUCAGUCUGGCUCUUUGAGAAAAAUCCUCUUGACCACAUCAAAGAGGUAGAUGAGGCUGAGGAUACAACCGUCAAUCAGGAGGAAAUUCCCAAAGCGGAUGUAAAGACAACAACGUGGCUCUUUGAAACAACACCAUUUGAUGAUUUUAACGAGACAAACAUUGAGAAGACUGAAAUCCUGGGCAAGAGUGUCAGGGGAACGCUUGAGGAACUUUAUAGUCAGAAAAUGGUGAACUCAAAGGGAAUACUCAUUGAAACUGACGAAAUUGGAGAUGUUAGGAUGGCAAAAUACCAGCUAAUGAAUCAACAGGCUCCGCAGAUUCAACGAGAGGAAGUGAUCACGGGAGAUCUGCACUCUAUUAUGAUGAACUUGCUGAACACACAGGAAAGAAAGGAGAGGCAGGUAGUCAUAGAUUCAGAAGAGAAGGGUAAUAUCAGUUCAACAGUGCAGCAGCUUUUCAACCAAGAGAGAGACAGCAGUAUUGAAAGGGAGGAAAUAUUACGAGGUGACAUUCAGGAAGCUUUAAACAACCUUUUCAACAAGGACGGGUCAGCAAAACAUGGAAUACUUAUCCAGGAGGAUGAGAAAGGAGAUGUACAGAUGACACUAUAUUCCCUACUGAAUAAACAAGAGAGUGUUAGUGUUGAAAAAGAGGACAUUGUAAGAGGGGAUGUAAGGAGCGCUCUUCAAAGGCUGUCCACCACAGACAAGCUGGAUCCAACAGUGAAGAUAAUGGUAGAUGACACUGAAAAAGGAAAUGUCAACUUUUACUCCACUUGCAUUGAAUCUGGGGCUUUGGAUUAUCUUAAACAGCUACAUGUAGAACCUGAUGAGACUUUACCUGACAACGAUGAAAAAGAGACAAUUGUUGGAGGUGACAUAAAGGGCACAAAACUCAUCCUCAGUCGUAAUCAAACACAAAUUGAGAGAACAGUGGAAGAUGUUGUACCAGGCGACGUUCACAACACAGUGAAAGCUUUUAUGUCCGAACCAACAAUCUCAUUAGAAAACCUCCAAAAGGAGGAGAUAAUCAAAGGUGAUUUAAGAGCCACCUUGAAUUCGUUGUCUGAGUCAGUGAAUCAGACAGUUAUUGUGGAGAAAGAGGAGGUGGUGAAAGGCAACAUACCAAAAGCUCUGCAGUGCCUGGAGAGGGCUCAGAAGAGAUACAAGGUGGAGAAGCCAGAUAUUGUACCAGGAAAUAUCAAAGGGGCUUUGAUAUCUCUCGAGAAAUCAGCAUCUUCCAAAGUUGAAGCUGUUGUUGAGGAUUUAGUUUCUGGAGAUGUUAAGGCCACACUGAAAUCUCUGGAGCUGGCAAAGAAAACAGUGAGGGAAGUUGAAAAGGAGGAAAUUGUGAGGGGUGAUAUUCACACAGCAAUGCAAAAUCUACACGAUGCCUCCAGUGAAAGAUGGAAGUGUCAACAGGAAAUGGAUGUUCAGGGUGAUGUCAGAGGAACAAUUCAGCUCUUACUGGAGCCUUCAACCUCUCCAAAAAUGCAAAGGAGCGAAAGCCUUGAAGAUGUAAAGGGUGAUGUCAAGAUGUCAAUUAAGUCCUUAUAUGAGACACAAGAGCAAACCCAGCUGGAGAAAGAAGAAGUGAUUAAGGGUGAUGUUAAAGGUACUAUUAAAUCGCUGCUGGAAACAGCACAGCGAGAAACUCCCAAAGUCAAACAUGGAGCAUACAGAAGAGUCAAAGUGAAGCAGAGGCCUCCAGUUAAAAACCUAAAUGUUGAUGCACAGAGAAACAUACAAAAGAUAAAAACCGCUACUUCAGUUGAAACAUCAAAAGAAAAUCACUCUCUCUCUAAUGAAACAGAAAUUGUUCAAACCAAGUCAUGUUCUGUGGAGCAGUGUACACAGCAAUCAAAAACCGUGGUGGAGCACAAAACUAUCACCCAAAACCAUGGCAUCAAAACAUUAAAGACAGAGUUCCGUAAUCUAAAAUGUAGUCCAAAGGGAAUGAUAAAAGCAGAGAAAACCAAAGUGAAAACUGGUGUUUACGUCCUAAAACCAGAAGUGCCGGAACCUGACCUGCCUCUCCCACCUCCACCUCCACCAGUGGUAGACAUCGAUCUUCUUCCUCCUCCUCCUCCCACUCCUCCUCCUCCUCCUCCUGUUGACUCUGACAUUGAUCAUCUUCCUCCCCCACCACCACCACCACUCACUAGUGAACAGGACUUCCUCCCACCACCUCCAUCUCAACAAGAACUGGAGAGCAUGCCAACACAGCCAAUUCAUCCUUCACCAGCAAAAGCAAAAAAGAUGACGGUGAAAAAAGUGAAAGCUCCUGUUUUACACCCAGUCCCGAAGCUGGAGCCCAAAGUGGAAUUCAGCAAAACACAACAGGUGACUUCUGAGACAGUGUUAGAAAUGAGCCAAAACCAAUCAAAAACAACAAUGCACACAUCAAAAGCCAUUUCAUGUGAAAUCCCUCCACCGCCUGAAUCACCACGACCGCUGAACAAAGUUUACAUCUCUCCUGUUAAAUUCACUCCUCCACCUUCCCCUCCUCCUUUCAUGAGAGGAAAAAUGAGUAAAUUCAACACACCAUUAAUAAAAGCUGAAGGAAAGUUCCGGAUGCAGAAAGAGGACAACACACCCCCAACCACUCCAACUCCCACGUAUAUACAUGACUCAGUUACCGCUGCCCUUGAAAUGCUUUCUACCAAAGAUGCAGAGCAGCAAAAUAACAACACAUUUGAAAUCACACAGGCCAAAGCUGAAAAUACAGCCUUGAAUGCUCAUUCAGACUCCCUUUCAUGUGAUUUAUCCAAGCAGGUUGUAGUCUCAAAUACCACCCAAAGCAAUGUCAGUGCUAGUCAUGAGAGAUUCCUCACAGAUUCUACCAUUAUAUCUUCUGCCAAGCAGCAAAUGGUUUCUAAUGAGACUUCUAAGGUUGUCUCUGUUCAAAAUACAUCAUCUGUCUCAACUGUUAAACAACAGAUGCAUACAACUACACAGAAAAUAGUGUCUGUUUCAUCUGAACAGUCUGCUCAGUCUGUCAUAACAGACAAAGUCCAGACCUCAAUCACUGAUGUUGCUGCUGAUAGAAAGACAGAUUUAAAGAAUCAGAAAACAAAGAAAUCCACCAUAACAGAGGAUAAAAAGGAAGAUGAAAUGCUCAUGUGCUCUGAGAAAAGUCCUGUUCAAAUAGUAAAAACUGAAACAACUGUCACUACUCAGGAGAAUUUAAAUUCUGAGAAAUCACAAUCUGAGAACAAGAGGACAAAAGAUGUUACGGCAACAGAAUUACCCAAUGCAAUUACCUGCAAUCAGCCCUCCAAGAAAGAAAAUGUCACCUUAGACAAAAAUGUAAAAACGUCCAAAUCACCACAGCGUGAUGACAAAACAAAUACUGAUCAUUCUCCUACCGAGAGCCAAGAGAAAGCAGUUGCCAGCACAAACGGAAAAACAGGCAAAUCAAACCAAAAGGGGAAAAAGAACAAUAAGCAAGAAAAGCAAGUGGAUAUAAAAAUGUCUGAUGAGAGCAAGAAGCAGGUGGAAGUGAAAGGAGCUACUGAGGUGAAAGUGAUCAGUGAAUCUAAAGAAGAAAAGACAGAGGUAAAGCAGGGGAUGAAGAAAGUUACUCCUACUCCUAUUGCUGCUACUCCGAGUGUUAGCGACAGCCAGCCAGAAACUCCAACUCCAACUCCAACAAAAAAGAAAAAGAGAUCCAAAAAGUCCAAAGGAGGUGCACGAGCAGGUCAAAGUAAAGAUAUUUCCACCGAAUCCAAGAUAAACGUUAUUGAAACCAAGACAGCAACGUCUGAAAAAUCUCAUCAAACUCAGGAAACACUUUCCGUCACCCAAACUCACAAAAUUGUAAAAGAGGAGCACAUUCAAGUCAAAAAAGAAGUCAUUACCAAAGAAAGCAAAUAUGAUCAAAAUUCCCAGGAACAAAAAGCAGUUCAAAAGCAUCUGAAGGGAUCUCAAAAGAAGAAAGGGGUGACAGUAAUUCAGCAGAGCGCAGAGGAACCUCCAGAAGAAAGUAGGGAUGUCCCAGUGACAGUGGCAGGCGAGGAAUCUCAGAGGCAACAGGUCCAAGACUUAAUCUCUCAUAGCACAGAGAUACAGACAAAUUCAGAAAAGAAUGAUUCACAAUCGGUGAAGACUCUGCUCAAUACACUUACCGAUUGCCUUGUGUGCCCAGAAAGUAAAUGUGAAUUGAAAAAUGGCACUCAGAAAAAUGAAGAAACUCUUUUGCAUGAGGAGAAACUUGAAGAGACAAAAGUGAUUAAUCUAAAAGAUAAUGAGAUGAUCGAGAAGCAUGAAUGUGAGGCAGUUUCUGAAAAAUCUGUGUCUGGCAGAGCAACACCAAGAAUAUCCAAAAUCAGUAUUGGUUCUACAAAAAUAGAGAAGACCACACAUGAAAGAAAGAAAGAAGAAAUGAGUCAGUUCAAGUCUAUUGACUUGCGGGCUCCCUCACCGUCACUGAGGAUGCGUUCUCCCUCGCCGACUUUUAUCACCAUUGAGUCCACACGAAGAACUGACUCCCCACAGAGAGUUACUCCAUCACCUACCCUGCUCCACAGGCCACCUACGCCCCCCACACCGCCACCACGCAAAUGUGACACACCGACAUCACGCCUCAAUAGAAUCACACCCUCUCCCACAUUUGACAGAGCAGAAAAUUUAGCUCGGCUUAAGGACACAACAGCAAAGCUCUCGCGGGGCGUCACCCCACCGCCACUCCUUCCUCCACAACAAAUCUCAGAGAAGAAAUCAGAGAUAGUGGAAUCACCUGCAUCAUUCCACCGGCAAAUCAAAAUUGAGUCGCAGGUUGUUGAGGCUUUUAGCACUUCUUCUAGUACAACAAAAAACAGUUCAUCAGUGGAGGUUCAGCAGGUUGAUUCAAAUUCAGCAAAUGUAGAAAAAGAUUCAGCGAAUAUUUCAGAGGAUUUAAAUGCAAAUGAAACACAAUGUAAGUCUGAGACCAAUAUGCUGUUGUGUCAAAAUGUCCCAGAAGUUAUUGAAGACUCAGAUACUUCAGACCUAUCAUCUGCAUCUGUGAAAGAAAAGAGAGAGUUUUUUGAAGAGUGUCCUAAGGCUGAAAUUAAUAAGACCCAUAUGCGAAAGGAGCCCAUUGUUAUCCCUGAACGAUUGGGCCCAGACAUGGAGGACUUUGAAGAAGAAAAUAAGAACAAAGAGAAGGAAGAGCUUCCCAGGGCAGACUUGUCUAGUCUUGUAAACAAAUUUGAGUCUGCAGUAGAGAAAAUAUCCAUCAGGAAAGAGCUUAUCCCACUCGCAGAGCAGCUUCAAAAUGACAUUGAAAGCACAGAUAGUGACAAAGAGAAUUCAGACAUCCUGGGACAGGAAAUGCCAAUUUUUGACAUUGAGGCUAUUAAAACAGUUUUUGAACUGGGUGAGCAAAGUUCCUCAUUCAGAGAGGAGAAAAAGGAUCAGGAGGAGGCAGUGUCAAGCCUGAGUGAAACAACAGUAGACACUUCAAAGCAGGAAAGUCCUCAAGAGACAAAGAAAGACUCACGGCAGGGCACCCCCCUACCUCCGCAGAAAAAUGAGGUAGAAACUUUGCCAGCAUUCACUGAAACCAAAUCAAUCACAGAACAUUUCUCAGAUGUUGAUGAAUUUGGCAACAAGGUCACUGGCACAAGGACAGCUGUCACCAAGCACUCCGAGAGUGUUUCAACCCAACAAGUUCCUUUUUCCUACGCUGAUGCAGUCAAAAGAAAAGCUGCACCUGUGAAGCAAACAGAGACCUAUGAGGAUGAUGCUACUGAGAACUUGCUGAGGAAUUUCCACAAAACGUGGACAGAGAGUGAGACGGUUUUCAAGAGUCUUGGCUACACUGUUUCCGAGGAGACAACAUCACAAAUUGUGUCACAUCAGACGAAGAUUGUCUCUGACUCGAGUUCCGAAGUCAGAGCUCUGCACAGUAUGUCGGAGGAGAGCUUAUCCGAUGGAUACUCUGAUAGUGGACAAAAAAAAAUACCAUAA